UUCAAAACACCUUAUUUUCUUACAAGAUUCAACGGUCUUAAUUUAAAUUUUGGGCAAAUGGAAAAUACUUAUUUUCAGAAAUCCCACGUUUACUUGAAUCUAAUCUAGAACUCUGCCCAAUUCAUGAAAACUCCUAACUGCUAAUUUCAGAUAAUUAUCAGUUUCUCGGUGUUCGAAAUUAACGUCUUUCUCUCUCUCCGAGAUUAGUGAGGCGAAAUCUCCAAGUCUGGCAUCUUCAUUAGACUUCGCUUUCACGAUGGGAUCGAAUUCGGAGAUUUUUAGAGCAAUGCAAUCUCGGCGAUGGCAGAGUUAAAUUCGGGGGCAGAGUGAAGAUUUUUGGGUUUUUGCAAGUGUAGGGUUUUUGUGGGACAAGGAAAAAUGCUGUCUUUAUCGACAGCUCGGAGCUCCUUGGAGGAAAUGCUGGAGUCUCUCCGGCGAGAAGAAGAGACCCAGACGCCGAGGGACUUGCCGCCGGCGCUGCCUCCGAGGCCAAAGGCGACAUCUCGUGCGCGCCUGCCGUCGGCCAAGAGGCCGUUGCCUAUGAGCUCGUCGAGUUGUGUUCUGAAUAAGGAAGAAAGGCAAGGACAGAGAGGGAAUUAUUUUGGGGCUAAAAAAGUUGAGGAAAUGGAAGAUGUAGAGUCGCUAUGUGUAGCGGCGGCGGAUGAGAAUGAGGGCAACCAGAUGUUGGAGGAGAAAGGCAAUGGCAAGCUCGGACACGUGGCGCCGGGAUCUGUCUCGAGUUUUAGGGAGUUGGCGGCGGAUGAUGACAUGGGGCGUCCCAUGAAAAAGAAGCUUCGUGUUUGGUGUCGGCGACAUGAUGACCUCUGGGAAUCUGGGCAAAUAAGAUCAAACUCAGGGGAGACAGCUUCGGUUCUGCUAUCGGACGGAAGUGUUGCGACAGUUCCCACACAAGACCUUCUACCAGCCAAUCCGCAUAUACUUGAUGAAGUUGAUGAUCUUGGACAACUAAGUUAUUUGAACGAGCCUUCAGUUCUUCACAAUCUUCAGUAUAGAUAUUCACAAGAUAAUAUAUAUAGUAAGGCAGGCCCCGUACUACUAGCAGUCAAUCCUUUUAAAAAUGUCCAGCUAUAUGGGGAUGAUAUAGUUACUGCUUACAGAAAGAAGCUUCUGGACAGUCCUCAUGUUUAUGCCAUUGCUGAUGCAGCAUACAAUGCAAUGAUAGUAGAUGAAGUAAACCAGUCUAUCAUUAUCAGUGGAGAAAGUGGUGCUGGCAAGACUGAGACAGCUAAGAUUGCAAUGCAAUAUUUGGCAGCUCUUGGUGGAGGUGGUGGUGGUGGUGGUGGAAUAGAAUCUAAAUUUAUUCAAACAAGCUGUAUACUGGAGGCUUUUGGUAAUGCCAAAACAACCAGGAACAACAACUCCAGCCGAUUUGGAAAAUUAAUUGAAAUCCACUUCAGUGCUGCUGGGAAAAUAUCUGGUGCUAAAAUACAAACCUUUCUCUUUGAAAAGUCAAGAGUUGUUCAGUUGGCCCAAGGAGAGCGGUCCUAUCACAUUUUCUAUCAGCUCUGCUCCGGUGCUCCUUCUGCUCUCCGAGGUAGGCUGAGGUUAAGAAGUGCUUCUGAAUACAGCUAUCUCAAUCAGAGUGAAUGUUUGGCGAUCCCCAACAUUGAUGAUGCUCAGAAGUUUCAUAAUCUUAUGGGAGCCUUAGAUUCUAUCAGAAUCUGUAAAGAAGAUCAGGAGCAUGCCUUCGAGAUGCUUGCUGCAGUUCUGUGGCUGGGGAACAUAUCGUUUCUUGUAAUUGACAAUCAAAAGCACAUCGAGGUUGUUUCUGAUGAAGCUGUUACAAAUGCUGCUGGCUUGAUAGGCUGUAGUGAGCAAGACCUGAUACUUACUCUGUCAACCCGGAGGGUACGAGCUGGAAAGGAUGAGGUCACCAAAUCUCUUACACUUGAUCAGGCAAUGAACACAAGAGAUGCAUUGGCAAGGUGUAUUUAUGUGAGCUUGUUCGACUGGCUUGUGGAGCAGAUCAACUUAUCACUUUCCGCAGGGAAAGAUAAUAUGGGGCGCUCAGUAAGCAUUCUUGAUACGUAUGGAUUUGAAUCACUUAAGAACAAUAGCUUUGAACAGUUUUGCAUCAAUUAUGCUAAUGAGCGGCUCCAGCAACAUUUCAAUCAACAUCUCGUCAAACUUGAGCAAGAAGAGUAUGAGUUAGAUGGUAUUGACUGGAAAAAAGUAGAUUUUGAAGACAACCAAGACUGUGUGGAUCUUUUUGAGAAGAAACCUAUCGGACUGAUAUCUAUACUGGAUGAAUUAUCAAAUCUUCCCAAAGCUACAGAUUUAACAUUUGCUGCUAAACUUAAGCAUCACUUAAGUACUAACCGUUGCUUUAAAGGAGAAAGAGGUGGAACAUUCAGCGUUCGCCAUCAUGCCGGGGAGGUUCUCUAUGAGACGGAAAAAUUCUUGGAAAAGAAUCGGGAUCCAAUACAUUCUGAAAUCAUUGAGCUACUCUCAUCUUGCACUGGUCGACUUCCUCAAUCUUUUGCUGCCCUACUUAAGCUAUCCCAGAAUCUAGAUAGUGCAUCAGUGCAGUCAGGGUUGUCGGUUUGUAAGAAGCUAAGUGUUGCCACAAAAUUCAAGGGGCAACUGUUCAAAUUAAUACAACAUCUGGAAAGCACAAAACCACAUUUUAUUCGUUGCAUAAGACCAAAUAAUAAGCAGAUUCCUGGUGCAUUCGAAAAAGAUAUUGCCUUGAAGCAGCUUCGUUGCUGUGGGAUUCUGCAAGUUGUCAGGAUUUCGAGGUCUGGGUAUCCGGCCAGGAUGACUCAUCAAGAGUUUACAAGAAGGUACGGGUCCCUACUUGGGGAAACUAUGGAUUGUCAAGAUCCAUUAAGUAUGUCAAUCGCCAUUCUGCAGAAGUUUGGUGUCCUGCCAGAGAUGUACCAAGUUGGUUAUACAAAGUUAUACUUUCGAAAAAGACAGAUUGAUAUCUUGGAAGAUGCUAGAAAACAAGUUAUCCAAGGUACUCUUGAGGUGCAGAAGUGUUUCAGUGGUCAUCAUGCUUGCCAGGACUUCCGAAAACUCAAGGAAGAAGUAGUUACAUUGCAGUCAUAUAUUCGUGGUGAAAUUGCUAGAAAGGAGUAUGGUGCAUUACUCGGGUUGAAAAAGCAGGUUAUCUGUGGGAGGCCGGAUGAGCAGUUUAUGGCAAUUGUGCAGAUACAAUCUGUAAUUCGUGGAUGGUUGGCCCGUAAACAAGUUAAUCACCUCAGGAACUCUAGACAGUUGAAUGAUAGUAAUCCGAAGCACAGCAGGAGAAUUUCUGAAGUCAAGGAUCUGCAACCAGAAAGACUGUCGUUGGUUGUCGAAGAGCUACAAAAGCGUGUGUCAUUGGCGGAAGCGACCUUUGGACAGAAGGAAACAGAAAAUAUGGCUUUGAGAGAGCAGCUGGUACAGUAUGAAGCACGAUGGUCGGAAUAUGAAGCCAAGAUGAAAUCCAUGGAAGAGAUUUGGCAAAAGCAGAUCACAUCUUUACAAAUGAGCUUGGCUGCAGCCAAGAAGAGUCUUGUUGCCGACAAUGCUAUAAACCCAGCAAGAAGGCUCGAUGGAGCGCAGUCGCCUCAAUUUUACGAAUCUGAGGACACAUCUAUGGGAACUCAGACGCCGGGUGGUAGCACUCCAAUCAGAUACGCUAACAAUGGUACCGAUGAGUUGCCUUGUCGAGACCGAGACACGAAUGGAAGUUUGAACCCUGUGAGCCAUCUCACCAAGGAGUUUGAGGACAGAAGACGAGCUUUCGAUGAGGAAGCACUAGCAGUUGUAGAGGUGAAGUCGGACCAGUCACCUAUACACGCUGUAGAGGAAUUCCGGAGACUGAAACACAGGUUCGAAGCAUGGAAGAAAGACUACAAGGGGAAGUUGAAGGAAGCAAAGGCGAAAGUGUACAAACUGGGGCGAAACGAAGCAGAGAAACACAGACGGAAAUGGUGGGGGAAGAAAAGCAAGAGAAGCUAGCACCCAGUAAUAAAUCUGUAUAUAUCAAUUUUGUUGUUGCAUUGCAAGUCUCGAUCGCUCCACUCUGUUUCGUGUAUAGUAUCCUAUCCACCGUGUUAGCGAUGUAAUUAAUGUAUCGGACGAAGCUCGUGUCGCACGUUGAAAGAAAACACAUUUGGAAAGAGAUGAAGUUUCAGGUUAUGUGUA